AUGACUCAACAGAUACCAGCUUCUGUCUCAGUAUAAGUUCAGGAGAGCGUUUCCGUAUCUAUUAGUUUGUGUUUUUGGCUCCUUGUUUUGGGACACCGGGCUCCCCCUUUGUGUGAUACCUGUUAUUAGGAUUUAAGAUGGAAACAGGAAGUCUUAUAGCUGCUCUGUUCAUACUGCUCUCCGCGGUGCUGUCUUCUUGUGUUUGUACCAUCGACGGGUUACAGAUUGAUCCUCUGGUCUAUGAGGAGCAGCUGCUGUGGGUGAGUGGAGCCUCUGGUCAUGUAAACACCUACAGGAUCCCACUCAUCACCUUCACCCCCAAAGGAAGCCUCCUGGCUUUUGCUGAGGGCAGGAAGUCAUCAUCUGCUGACGUUGGAGCGAAGUUCAUCGCAGUACGACGGUCCACAGACAAAGGAGACACCUGGUCCCCGACUUCUUUCAUAAUAAAUGAUGGGAUGAACCCGGAUGGCCUGAACCUGGGCUCAGUGGUGGUUGACGAAGAAGUGGGCUCAGUGAUUCUGAUCUACUCCAUGUGCUUCCACCUUUACCACUGUGGCCCUGCCAGCACCAUGAUGGUGGAGAGCACUGAUGAUGGUCUCAGUUGGAGUUCACCCAGAAACCUCUCAGUCCAGCUUGGAGUCCAGGCUUUUGCCCCUGGGCCAGGCUUUGGCAUUCAGAAGCGCCAUGAGCCAGGAAAAGGAAGGCUGGUGGUCUGUGGUCAUGGGACGAUAGAGGGCGAUGGAGUUUUUUGCAUCCUGAGCGACGACCAUGGAGAAAACUGGUACUAUGGUGCAAUGAUGAAGAGCAUCCCUUACAAUCAAAAGAAGAAACCUCAGGACUUCAACCCCGAUGAGUGCCAGCCGGUCGAGAUGCCCGACGGCAGCAUUUUGAUCAACGUGCGUAACCAGAACAACUACCACUGUCGGUGUCGUAUUGUGAUGCGCAGCCUUGACGGAGGGUUGACUCUCCCCAUAGAUGAACUCUUUUUUGACGAAAUGCUGGUGGAUCCAGCAGUAGCAGCAGGGAUGCUGCAAAAAAACGGAGUGCUCUACUUCACCAACCCGUCCAAUGAGCAGAACAGAGUGAAUCUAACAUUACGGUGGUCGCUAACAAAUGGCUCAUCUUGGGAAAAUAACGCUGUCCAGAUAUGGGCGGGACAAAGCGGCUACUCCAGCAUAACAUCACUGGAUACUGGCUCUGUUGAAGACCAGAAGUUCAUCUUCAUCAUCUAUGAGAAAGGCCACAAAGACUAUGAUGAGACCAUCUCGUUUGUUAAGGUCCACCUGUACGGUGGCCUGUAAGGCAUGUGAGUCAGAGAUUCAAACUUUUAAGGGAAAAAGAAGCAAGAGGAGGUUGUACACUUCAGUGACUUUCUCAGGGGAAAAAGAAAAGGACUUUUGAAAUGGCAGAAAAAGAAGGCACAAUGAAUAUCCAGAUGUUUAUGUGUCGCUGGUGAUGAAGCCAUCUACGUUUUUUUAUUCUUUUAUCUUUCCACUCUUAAAAUUCCCACAGCUGAUGAAGUCACAUUUGUUUUGUCAACAGUUUGUUUUGCCAAAUUGUCGCACAACUUUUUUUUUUUUUAUUACUGAUGUGGAAAAAAACACCAUGACCAAGCAAAUGAUACUGGGGACAAUCAAAUGAUUAUUUACGAGCAGGAAUACUAUUUAGACAUGUUUUAGUAAAGUGAUGGGAAUCUCUGAAAAGGAACUGGAACAUUUUCAUUUUUUCCUUCAUAAUUCUGAAUCUGAAUCACAUCCUACCCAGUACACCCUCAAAGGCCACCCAGAGAGGAGUGCAUAUCGAGACAGUAACCUGUGCAAGCUGAGAAACUAUGACUUCCAUCUGCAUAAAACAUACCUCAGAAAUGGGAAGUUCAAACUUGAAAUUGGUAUGUUUGAGUCACAAGGAGGGAAAGGUUUUGUCCAAUUGCUGUGCUGUGAACACCAGACUCUCACCAACAGUUAUCUGGUUCACUUAACUGAAAAAGCAGCUGAGCUAAAAUGUUCUAAAGGUACUUUUUAUAAUGUUUAAAAAGUUGAGAAUAUAAAAAAAAUAUUUUGUGUUUAUUGCAUAAGUUGCCUUUUUGGGAGAAUCACAAGUAAUGAGACAGAAAUUUAAUCUGAGUUACCAGCUAAGACAUCUGACCUGCUGUGGUGUUAAAGGACUUUUCAGAGGAUGUAAAGUCAGAGUUGCCACUGAAAGCAGCUUUUGGUUGAAAACACUGAAGAAGAAAAAGAAACUUCUGAUUUGACCCCCGCUGCAAAAAAAAAUAAAAAUAAAAAUAAAAGGAAAACUGAAUGUGAAAACAGCUCUCUGGUUACAAGCUUGGCAAAGACACAACCCUGUGUUGUAAAAGUUAAACACAUCAGGAGAAAUACUAUAAACUUCAGAAAAAGCAUAUUUUAUCAAAGGAAUGUUAAAUUUAACAUGUCACAAGGUUUAAAUUGUGUCUUUAAGGUGUCAAUUAAUUAAAAAUGGUGUUAAUGCAGAGUACAAAGAAAGGAUGGCUGGUAUGAUUUACUUAUGGGUUAUUUAUUAGCACAUUGACUGUGGUUUAUACUGACAUCUGCAUUAAAAUUGUACAAUGGUCUGUGUUAUAAUUAUCAUAAUAAUGAGAUUUAUUUUUCUUUUUUACAUUUUAUGAACAUGCUAUGUGCCAUGAAUUUGUGCUAACUGCUAUUCAUUGUGUUAUUGCAAAACAAGUUAUCAGAUACAAUAAAUUUAAUAGUCUUUUCUGAUUGAUGCUGUGCCUGAAUAAUGUAAUAUCUCUGAUGGGUUUUUACAAAACAAUAAUUGUCAUUUUAAUAUGAUACAUGUGUAUGAGCAUAGGAUUGAUGUGAGACUGAGGAGAUAAAUGCACAAUGUAGCUGAAGUGUGCUUUUUUGAAUUUGUACAGAACAAUUGUGUGAUUUUCUAAUGAAGCCAUUCUGAGUUGAGUUUUUAAAUUGCUCAGGUCGAUCUACAAUUUCUGCUGUCUGUCUAAAGAAUAAACAAUUCCUAGACUUAAUUAAAAAAAUAAACUACAGUACAUAAAGUUGUUGUUCCCUCUG